GCCGGCUCCGGGUAGGAAUGUCCCUGCGCGCCCAGAUAAUGUUAUUUAUAUCGCGGUGCAGGGCGGCUCCGCUCCCCCCGCCCCGCUCCCGCACCGGCCCCGCCGCCGCCGCCGCCGCUCGCCCGCCCGCCGCCCCGCGCAGGGGCCUCUCACCGGUAGCCGACGGCCACCGGGCCGGGGCACACUGGGACCAUGACCUCGGCCAAUGACUACGAGCAGCUGGAGCUGCAGCAGCAGUACAGCCGCAUCAAUGUCCGCUGGGACGCGUCCGACGAUGAGCUGGACAACGACAACAGCUCCGCACGGCUCUUCGAGCGCUCCCGCAUCAAAGCCCUGGCAGAUGAGCGGGAGGCCGUGCAGAAGAAAACCUUCACCAAGUGGGUGAACUCGCACCUGGCUCGUGUCACCUGCCGCAUCUCAGACCUCUACAUGGACCUCCGGGACGGGCGGGUGCUCAUCAAGCUGCUGGAAGUGCUGUCAGGAGAGCUUCUGCCCAAGCCCACCAAGGGCCGGAUGCGGAUCCACUGCCUGGAGAAUGUGGACAAGGCGCUGCAGUUCCUGAAGGAGCAGCGGGUGCACCUGGAGAACAUGGGCUCCCACGAUAUCGUGGAUGGCAACCACCGCCUCGUCCUUGGCCUCAUCUGGACCAUCAUCCUCCGCUUCCAGAUCCAGGACAUCAUUGUGGAGACGCAGGAGGGCCGGGAGACACGCUCUGCCAGGGAUGCACUGCUGCUCUGGUGCCAGAUGAAGACAGCAGGGUAUCCCCAUGUGAAUGUCACCAACUUCACCUCGAGCUGGAAGGAUGGGCUGGCCUUCAAUGCCCUCAUCCACAGACACAGGCCUGAGCUGGUUGACUUCCAAAACCUUACCAAAUCCAAUGCCCGGCACAACCUGGAGCAUGCAUUCAGCGUGGCAGAGCGGCACCUGGGCAUCACCCCUCUCCUUGACCCUGAAGAUGUGUUCACGGAGAACCCUGAUGAGAAGUCCAUCAUCACCUACGUGGUGGCCUUCUACCACUACUUCUCCAAGAUGAAGGUGCUGGAGGUGGAAGGAAGGCGCCUGGGCAAGGUCAUCGAGCACGCCAAGGAGACGGAGCGGAUGAUCGAGGGUUAUGGGGGGCUGGCGUCCGACCUGCUCACCUGGAUUGAGCAGACCAUCGCCUCACUCAACAGCCGCAGCUUCGCCAACUCGCUGGCUGGGGUGCAGCACCAGCUGCAAGCCUUCAGCACCUACCGCACUGUGGAGAAGCCCCCCAAGUUUCAGGAGAAGGGCAACCUGGAGGUGCUGCUCUUCACCAUCCAGUCGCGGAUGAGGGCCAACAACCAGCGCGUCUACACCCCACACGAGGGGCGCCUGGUCUCUGACAUCAACCGGGCCUGGGAGCAGCUGGAGAAAGCGGAGCAUGAGCGGGAGCUGGCGCUGCGCAACGAGCUGAUCCGUCAGGAGAAGCUGGAGCAGCUGGCACGGCGCUUUGACCGCAAAGCAGCCAUGAGGGAGGCCUGGCUGAGCGAGAACCAGCGCCUGGUGGCCCAGGACAACUUCGGGCAGGACCUGGCAGCUGUGGAGGCAGCCAAGAAGAAGCACGAGGCCAUCGAGACAGACACAGCUGCCUACAGGGAGAGGGUGCAGGCCAUUGAGGCGGUGGCCAAGGAGCUGGAGCUGGAGGGCUACCACGACAUCCAGCGCAUCAACGGGAGGAAGGACAAUAUCCUGCGGCUCUGGGAGCAGCUCCUGGAGCUGCUGGCUGCCCGCCGCCAGCGCCUGGAGAUGAACCUCACCCUGCAGCACCUCUUCCAGGAGAUGCUCCAUUGCAUCGACUGGAUGGAUGAGGUCAAGGUGAAGCUGGCAUCUCCUGAGUCUGGGAAGCACCUUCUGGAAGCAGAGGAGCUGCUGCAGACCCACCGUCUGCUCGAGGCUGACAUGGCCGUACAGGCAGAGAAGACCCGCGCCAUCAGCGCUGCUGCCCUCCGCUUUGCAGACGCUGAGGGCUAUCGUCCCUGUGACCCCAAAGUCAUCCGGGACCGCGUGAGCCACCUGGAGAUGUGCCGGCGAGAGCUGCAGGUACUGGCGGCACGGAGGAGAGCCUUGCUGGAGCAAUCCCGCUCCCUCUGGACUUGCCUGUGGGAGCUAGACGAGGCAGAGAGCUGGAUCAAGGAGCAGGAGCAGCUCUACUCCUCCCUGGACUUCGGGAAGGACCUGCCGGGCGUGCUGCUGCUCCAGCGCCGGCACGCUGCCUUCGAGGCCGAGCUGCGGAGCCGGGGCGGGCGGCUGGAGCAGACGCUGGCGGUGGGCGAGGGGCUGGCGGCCGCGGGCCGGGCGGCCGAGCAGCUGCGGGAGCGGGGGGCGGCCGUGCGGGCGCUGUGGGCGCAGCUGGAGGAGCUGGCGGCGUUCCGACGGCGCGGCUUGCGGGAAGCCGAGGGCUUCUUCCAGUUCCAGGCGGAGGUGGAGGAGUUGGCGGAGGGGCUGCAGGAUGCCCGCCGGCGGGCGGCCGCCGAGGAGCUGGGCCAGGAUGAAUCCCGCACCCUCGUCCUGCUGCGGCAGCACCAGGAGCUGCUGGACGAGCUGGCGGCCGCCCGGGAGCAGCUGGACAGGCUGGCUCAGCAGGCCGAGGGCUUCCCGCCGGAGCUGCGCGCCGGCCCCGAGGCGCAGAGCCGGCUGGCGGCCCUGCGGGAGCUGCAGGCCGAGGCGGCCGCGCUGGCCGAGCGCCGCGGCCGCCAGCUGCAGGAUGCCCUAAACCUCUACACUGUUUUCGGGGAGAGUGACGCCUGCCAUCUCUGGAUGGGCUCCAAGGAGACCUGGCUGGGAGAGCUGGAGGUGCCGCAGGCGCUGGAGGACCUGGACGUGACGCAGCGCAGGCUGGACGGGCUGGAGCAAGACAUGGCCACCGUGGCUUCCCAGAUCGCCGCGGUCAACCAGGCAGCCGACGGGCUCCUGGCUAGCGGGCACCCCCGGAGCCCCCAGGUCCGGCAGUGCCGGGAGCAGCUCAACGAGAGGUGGGGCCGGUUCCGGGAGCUGGUGUCAGAGCGCCGGAGGGCGGUGGGCUCGGCACUGCGCCUCCUCAACUACAACCUGGAGUCCGAGGAGACCCAGAAAUGGCUGCGGGGCAAAGCCCGGGCGGUGGAGGCCACGGCCGAGCUGGGCCGUGACCUGGCCGGCGUCCUGGCCACCCAGCGCAAGCUCUACGGCAUCGAGCGGGAGCUGGCAGUGGCCCAGGACCGUCUGGCCGCCCUGCGCUCCCAAGCCGAGCGCCUGGCCGAGGAGCGGCCCGAGGCGGCCACGGAGGUGGCCCAGAAGUUGGCGAUGGCCACCUCCGCCUGGGACGAGCUGCAGGCCGCCCUGGCAGAGCGCGCAGCGUCCCUGGGGGAAGCCGGGCAGCUCCGGAGUUUCCUGCAGGACCUGGAUGACUUCCAGGCGUGGCUCUUCGGCGCUCAGAAAGCCGUGGCGGCCGUCGAUGAGGUGCCGGCGUCGCUGGGGGAGGCAGAGGAGAUGCUGCAGCGGCACGAAGCGGCCCGGCGCGAUGCUGAGGAGCAUGCGGGAGCCUUCGCCGCCUUGGUGGAGGCGGGAGAGCGGGUGCUGGGGGGACAGACGGACCCCGAAUACGAGGGGCUGCGGCAGCGCCUGGGCGGCGUGAAGGACGGCUGGGCUGCCCUGGGCAAGAUGGCAGAGGCUCGGAAGCGCUUCCUCACCCAGUGCCGCAACUUCCAGGAGUUCCUUCGCGACACCAAGCAGGCGGAGAUCCUCCUCACCAAGCAGGAGUACACGCUGUCCCACCUGGAGCUGCCCUCCACGCUGGAGGGCUCGGCUGCUGCCCUGCACCGCUUCCAGAACUUUCGUGCUGAUGUGGAGAGCAAUGCCAAGAAGGUCCCAGAGGUGGUGGUUGGUGGCACCAAGCUGGUGGCUGAGGAGAACAUCUUUGCCGAGAAGAUCUCUGAGAAGUGCCGAACUCUCCAGGAGCGGCAUGGAGCUGUCAUGGACAAGGUGGAGGAGGCAGCAGGUUUGAUGCAGGACAACCACGACCUACAGACCUUCCUGCAGAGCUGCCGUGAGUUUGAUGCCUGGGUGGAUGAGAAGAUGCUGAUGGCUCAGGAUGUCUCCUAUGGAGAAGCCCGUGGUCUCCACAGCAAGUGGCAGAAGCACCAGGCAUUCAUGGCUGAGCUGGCACCCAACCAGAGCUGGCUGGAGAAGAUUGAGGCGGAGGGGACGGAGCUGGCCGCGCGCAAGCCGCAGUACGGCGCGCUGGUGACGCAGCGGCUGGAGGAGCUGCGGCGGCGCUGGGCCGAGCUGCGCAGCGCUGCCGAGGACAAGGGCCGGCAGCUGUUCGAGGCCGAGCGCGCGGCGCUGUACGCCCGGAGCUACGGGGAGCUGGAGAGCUGGCUGGGGCGGGCGCAGGAGGAGCUGCGCCACGCUGAGAAGGUCAAGGACCUCACCGCCACCAACCUGCUGCUGAAGAGGUUGACGAGACUGGAAGAGCAAGUGAAAACAUGGAUGAAGGAGCUGGAGGAACUGGGGUGGCAGGGCACCCCUGGUGCUGGGGACGUGCCAGAUACCACCAAGCAGGAGCAGAUGCUCCGGCAGCGAGUCCUUGAGCUGCUGGAGCCACUGGAGAGGAAGAGGAAGGAGCUGGAGACUGCCAAGGCCAUGUACCAGCUGGGGCGGGAUCUGGAGGAUGAGGCGCUGUGGGUGCAGGAGCGGCUUUCCCUGGCGAGGUCAACGGAUCACGGCACCGACCUCCCGAGCGUGCAGCGCCUGACCAAGAGGAAUGAGACACUGCAGAAGGAGCUGGCGGGCCAUGCCCCCCGCCUGGGCGAGGUGCUGAGCCGGGGAGAGGCAGCGGGGAGCGGUGAGGAGCCAGGCCCGGAGCUGGCGGCACAGGCGCAGGAGCUGCGGGCGCUGUGGGAGACGCUGCAGGAGGAGGCAGCCGCCCGGCACCGGCGCCUGCGGGAGGCUGAAGAGGCCCAGCAGUACUACCUGGAUGCUGACGAGGCCGAGGCCUGGGUCAGCGAGCAGGAGCUCUUCAUGGGACCCGAGGAGAAACCAAAGGAUGAGGAGAGCUGCUCGAUGAUGCUGAAGAGACAUGUCCGGCAGCUGCGCUCCAUCGAGGACUACGGACAAACCAUCAAGGAGCUGGCGGGGAGGGCGCAGCAGCUGCUCUCUGCCGGCCACCCCGAGGGGGAGCAGAUCAUCCGGCUGCAGGGCCAGGUGGACAAGCACUACGCGGGGCUGAAGGAGGCGGCCGAGGAGCGCCGCCGGCGCCUGGAGAACAUGUCCAACCUCUUCCAGCUGAAGCGGGAGGUGGAAGAGCUGGAGCAGUGGAUUGCUGAGCGCGAUGUGGUUGCUUCCUCCCCGGAGAUGGGGCAGGACCUGGACCAUGUCAUGCUCCUGCGGGAGAAGUUUCGUGAGUUUGCGCGGGAGACAGGCAGCGUGGGGCAGGAGCGUGUGGAUCGGGUGAACCUGACCAUUGAGGACCUCAUUGACGCGGGGCACAUCGAGGCAGCCACCAUAGCUGAGUGGAAGGACGGGCUGAACGAGAGCUGGGCCGACCUUCUGGAGCUGAUUGACACCCGCAUGCAGCUCCUUGCCGCCUCCCAUGACCUGCAUAAAUACUUCUACGACGGUGCUGAGCUGCUGGCCCUCAUUGCCGCCCGGCGCCAGGAACUGCCCCAGGAUCUGGGCGAGGAUGCCGGCACAGUGGAGGCUUUCCACCGCAUGCACAAUGCCUUUGAGAGGGACCUCCAGCUGCUGGAGGCACAGGUGCAGCAGUUCCGGGAGACAGCAGCGCGCCUGCAGACCGCCUAUGCCGGGGAGAAGGCGGCUGGAAUCCAGGAGCAGGAGCAGGAGGUGUCCCGAGCGCUGCAGGAGCUGCUGGAAGCAUGUAGCGGGCGCAGGGCACGGCUGACGGACACGGCUGACAAACACCGCUUCUUCAGCAUGGCACGGGAUCUGCUCUCCUGGAUGGAGAGCACUGUCCGGCAGAUUGAGACACAGGAGAAACCCAGGGAUGUCUCCUCGGUGGAGCUGCUGAUGAAAUACCACCAGGGAAUUAAGGCUGAGGUGGAUGCUCGGGGCAAGAACUUUACCGACUGCAUCGAGCUGGGCAAGAAGCUGCUGCAGCGCAAGCACCAGGACUCACCAGAGAUCAAGGCAAAGCUGGUGGAGCUGGUGGACAAGAGGAAAGCCAUGAUGGAGAUGUGGGAGCAGCGCUGGGAGCGGCUGCGGCUGCUGCUGGAGGUGUGCCAGUUCUCCCGCGACGCCUCGGUGGCCGAGUCGUGGCUCAUAGCUCAGGAGCCCUACCUGGCCAGCAGCGACUACGGGCAGACGGUGGAUGCGGUGGAGAAGUUGCUGAAGCGGCAUGAGGCUUUUGAGAAGUCCUCCGCCACUUGGGAGGAGCGCAUUGCUGCCCUCAGGAAGCUGACAACGCUGGAGCUCCUUGGCGGGCGUUCUCUGCGUGAGGGGCUGGCGCGGGACGGGACGACGCGCUCCGAAGCUCCCGACUACUGCCUGGAUCUGGAUGGGGAGCUGGAGGCCGGGUCAGAGGAGGAGGAGGAAGAGGAGGAGAAGAAGGAUGUGAGCACACAGGACACUUCGCUGCCCACUACAGAUGGACCAGAGCCGCUGGCACCGAGGACAGGUGACGAGGAGCCGGUGUCACCGACCCCACGGCCACCGCGGGAGGAGCCGGAGGAGCCGGCCACGCUGCCCGCCCGUGUCAGCAGUGUCCAACUGGAGGGCUACCUCGGCCGCAAGCACGACCUGGAGGCGGCCACCAAGCGCGCAUCCAACCGGUCGUGGAGCACGCGGUACUGCGUCCUGCGGGGCGGCCAGCUCGCCUUCUUCAAGGACGCCAAGAGCCGCGCGCUGGGGCUGCCGUGCCAGGGCGAGGAGCCCCUGGGGCUGUGGGACGCCCGCUGCGAGGUGCCCGCGGGCUACAAGAAGAAGAAACACGUGUUCAAGCUCAGGCUCAGCAAUGGCAGCGAGUGGCUUUUCCAUGGCAAGGAUGAGGAGGAGCUGCAGGCCUGGCUGCAGGGGCUGAGUGCGGCCAUCACGGAGUGUCGGGGCAGCCGCGGGAAGGUGCAGAGCCUCCCACUGCCCAUACCCCCCGCCCCCCCUGAAGCCCCCCUGCCCCGCAAGGACAAGGAGAAACGCUUCAGCUUCUUCCCAAAAAAGAAAUAACCCCCCUGGAUGGUGGGGGGGGGGG